AUGAUGGCCGAUACGCCCACUAACACCGGCAGCCACGCGAAUGCAGUCUCGCAGCAGGCCUCGGCCACAGACCCGACCGUCAUCCCGCAGUGGAAGAAGGAGCUGAUCCAGCGGCGCAAGAACCUUGCCAAGACGAUCGGUGCCGUCGCGACACAGGUGCACGAUUCGGCCUCGACGGUGGCCGCGGCCAUCUCGGCCGCCUCAUCGCCGGUCCUAGCCCAUCCGCGCACCCCAACCGGCGGCGUUGGAGCGUUCCCCGUCGGCAGCCCGUUCUAUGCCGGUGUCGCAACGAAAGCUACAUCGCCAACGGCCGCCGGGUUCACCGCGACGACGGCGGUAGGUGUUCACGCGCCGAAUGAACAGCCGACCGAUCACCAACACUAUCCACCGUAUCAGCACCCGUAUCAACAGCGCAACGGCGUUGGCGUUGGUGUUGGUGGCCGCGCACCCGAAUCCGUAGUAGUGUCGUCGGCCGCCACCGGAGGACUGGCGCUCGGGUCGCACGGCUCGGUCGCGGCCAACGGAGUUCAGUCAAAUUCCAAUGCGGGAGCGGAACACAACGGUGGAAGUAGUAGUAGUGUCGCUGCUGCCGCCACUACAGCAUCGCGUACCGUGAGCGUCGAGCAGCAACAGUCGCCGCAACAGCCGCCGCAUCAGCCCAUCGGCAGCAGCAGCAGCAGCAAGCCUCCGUUUCUCGUCAGCGGCUCGGCAGCACUUUCCAACGGGCAGCAGCAGCAACAGCAGGGGCUACUGAGGGACGGCGUCGCAGCCAGGAAGAUGGUCGCAGCCACGGCCACCGAGGAGAUCAUCGUCUACGAGAAGAGCGUGAUCAGCGAGGUCGACGGGGAGGAGCUUGGCGGCGGAGGCGGUGUCGGUGGUGGCCAGUUCGGGCUCGGUGAUGCCGGCGAGGAGCUAAAGUACGGCCCGGGGAUCGUGUCGCGGCUGCGCUGCCGCUAUCUGAGCCUGGCCCUGCGCCAGUCGGUCGCCAAGCAGCGCCCAUCGCUGAAUAGCAUGCGCCGCGCGACCAGCCUCAACAAUCUGCUGGACGAGGAGAGCGAGGACCUGAGCGAGCGCGAACAGUCGAUCGGCAGCGAAGGCUGCGGUGGAGGAGGUGCCGGCGGGCCAGGCGGGGCACACGGUGGUCAGCAGCAGCAGAAGAAGUACCACACGCAGAGCUAUCACCACACCCAGCAGCAGCAGCAGCAGCAUCUCUACGCAAACGGCAACAACCAUCAUAACCAUCUGAUCCACCAGCAGCCGCCUCACCAUCCGCAGCAGCCGCUCGGGCCAACGGUAGUUCUGCAGCCACCAGCGGGGGGCUAUCAGAAGAAGCAACCGUGGCACUACAACCAGCCCGCUUCGGAGGAGCAACAGACGGUGGCGGCGGUGGUCAGUAAGGCGGCGGCACCGUUUCUGCGCGGAGUGCAAAACAGUUAUACGCGCGCGAGCCGUCAGGUGGAGAAGAAGAACGACUACAAUCGCUACACCAAGCACCACCGGGGGGGCAGCGGCGGCGCAGACUCGGUGCUGCUGAAGCGUGCCCGCUCAGUCGAGGCCCUGGUGCGCUACGAUCACAAGGCCUGGGAGCGGGACGUCACCGGGACGACGAGGACAUCGACGGCGGCGGCGGCGGCGUUGGCCACGGCCACACCAGCAACACCACCGGUCGUCCCGUCGUCCGUCGUCGAGACGGACAGCAAUGUGAUCAUCUUGGACGAGAUCGCUCCGACGGCUCCAGCGACGACGACGACCACGGCAGCGACGCCGAACGGAGGCACGAUCGCCGGCGAGCAGCAUCAUCACAACGGAAGCAACGGUAUUUCUUCGAGCGCGGCCCCAAUCCUCGGCACCUCGCCGACGAUGAUGAUGAACGGUGGCGGUGGCGGCGGCGGCGGUGGUGGGCGCAUGGCGGUCGAUCUGCUGGUCAGCAGCGAUUGCGUGACGAUCGAGGAGAAGAUUAUCAAUGGGCGCGAGAAGGGCGAUCCGAAGCCGAAGCGGCUGACCUCGUUUAUCGAUGCCGACGAGCGGCCCCCGCCGGACGUGGUCAAGCAGACGAUGAAGAUCUUCGAGGCGAACGCGAACCGACGCGGCCCCGCGUCCCAACGGAUUCCGGUGGCGACGGCGGCGGUGCCGUCGCCAGCGGGGGGCGAGGUAGCAACGAAGGUGGCCAGCUACCGAUCGAUCAUCAUCGCCACACCGCCGGUGCUGCCGGCCGGGGCCGGAAUCACCGAGAAGCCGCCCAUCACACACCCGAAGCCACCGCUCAGCCCGAAAAAGCCAAACAUUAAGCCGCGCACCGCUAGUCCGAAGCAUCAGCAGCAGGUCCCGCCGAUCGUCGUCGUCUCGCCCCAGGCAGUUACGGCGAAGCCACCGCCAACUCCGAAAUCGCUCGAAGCGGUCAACAAUCUGAAGAACGCCGCCGGCACGCUGCGAAACGGUGGAUCCGCACCGGCUAACCAGCUAACUCAUCCGGUCGGUACAGAGCCGCUUCCGCUUGCCGUGACCCCUCCGUCGCCACCGGCACGCAGUAAACAUGUGUCACAGCAGCCGCCACUCAGCAACAUCAACAACACGCCCGUAAGCAACGGCGGCGCUGGUGUUGGUGCCAAGAGUGCUGUGGCGGCCCAAGAAGGCGGCUUUAUCUCGCACGAAGCAGUCGCGACCCGCGAACCCGAACCUGCGCGAAAACCGAACAACGGCGGCGGUGGCGGUGAUCACCACCACAACGACUACGAGAACGGCGGCAGCAGCAUCGGCGGCGGUGGUGGCCAGAACCAACACACGCACGUCGUUAGCUCCAGUACGGCACCGCCGCCACCGCCGUCGACGACGACCCCCUUGGUCCGCCCGUUGUCGUCGCCUUCGCCGCCAUCGUCGGGCGGCAUUUGCGAUUCGCCUUCCCUGCAGCAGCUCACGAACCCGCUCACCAGUCUGCAUCUGGCGACCUCUACGCCGACAGGAGCACCGAGCAGUAACGGUGCCGCGGGCACGCACGGCACGGAACGGAACAGCAACGGAACGUCCCCGACGACGACGACGGUUGGCGAUCGCCGUAACCUUGAGUACGUGACGAGCGAGGAGGACGACGACGACGAGGACGGCGGCGGCAGCGAAGGGCGCCGCACGGAGUACACGGUCAAUCCGAGCGAAUCGAGCGAAGAGGACAUCGCUGUCGUCCUGGGCGGUGGUGGUGGAGGGGCGAAGGACGUUCGUGACGGCACCGGUGGCUAUCGAUCGCAAGUGCCGCUGAGCAACAGCGAAAACGACGCCGACGACGACGAGGACGACGAGGAGGAGGACGAGGAGGAGGUAGGGGAGCAGGAUCGAUCGGUUCGGAAGGUAUCGCGCACUGCGAUGGAGAACAUUGGCCGGGCCGGCACCACGACGCAGUUCCGGUUUAAUGGAGCGACCAAAUCGUACCUUCCGGGCGGCACCGGGGGCGGCACGGUAAGUGGCAAAGCCCCCGCCCCACCGAUUCCGAUUGCUCGCGAGAGCCUGCUGAACGCUAAGCCUGGGGCGGCGCCGGCCAACGAGGUCACCGGAGUGUCAACCGGAAGUGGCGGUGCUCGUGGUGGUGGUGGAGCGAGUGCUGGUUCGAACGCCUCAAAAAGUGACGUCGUCGGUGGUGGUGGUAGUAUCGGUGUGGAUGCUGCUCCCGGUGGCAGUAGUGGUGGUGGUGGUAGUGGUGUGGUUCGGGCGCCCGAAGCGCCACUGACCCGGCGGGAGAUCGAGAAGAAUCAAAUCAAUCGCGAGCGAAGUGGCGAGCCCGGUGCUGCCACAAACAACAACAACAGCAACAACGGUGGUGUGCAUAAUAAUAAUAGCAAUAGUGGCAAUGGCAAGAUGAAGAUGAUGAUGAUGACGGGCGGUGCUGGUGCUGGUGGUGCGAGUGUGGAGAAGUCGAAAGCGGCCACCACCGAACCACCGCGGCUCGGUGGUGGCAGUGGCAGUGCGGUGACCGACAACAGUACGUCCUCCUUCGUGGCCAAAUGGGGUACGGCCGCCGGCCAGUCUCCCCAGACGGCGGUGGCGCCAGCUGCGACGGCGGCGGCGGCGACGACGACGCCCGCGAUCCGAAAGAAACCGAAACCUCCGCCAAGCCAGCAGCAGGAGGCCAGCAACACGAUGGUGUUCAACUUUAGCGACCGCAAGGACGUCCCGGAUUACAUCGAAAACGAUGGUGUCAUCAUCCGGCCACGCCCGAGAGAGCUACCGAAGCCCGGCGAGUCCGGCUUCGUGGUGCUGGGCGACCUGACGCUGGAAACCUCGACGGAUCCGGACGACGCGUGGGCCAUGGGACCGCCGUCGCCGUGCAACGGUGAAUUCGCCAACGCGUACAUCGUCAUCAAUGGCAAAUCGAGCAUGAGAAACAAGACUAGUAGAAGUAACAAGUUCAAAAUCCAAUUCGAUGAUUCGCUAACCUCGACGUACGAGUAUCCUUCCGAGACGUCCCUGCUGGAAACGAACGGUUUCGACGACGCCGACAGCGGCAGCGGCCCGGACAACUUCGGUGGUGCCGCCACGGAUAGCGGACUCCUUUCGCACACCAACAAACUCCUUUCAUCGGUGCCACUCGGUUCUGCACCGUUCGCUAGUUACACCCCAGUAAAAGCCGCCAUAGACACGACCUUCGAGCUCGGCGUAACACGCACGCCCUCCCCAUCUGCGGCCAGCACCGCCAGCAGCACCGGUUCCUCGAACGGGAGCAAUAGCACGAGCAGCAGCCGCAGCAGCAGCAGCAACAACAACAACAGUAGUCAUCAACAACAUUCUGCGACAUCGCACAGCGACUCGCACUAUCUUCAGCAUUCCCUAUCCGGUGCCACCAUUCAGGCGGCUGUUGCUGCCACUGCCGCUGCCACCAUCAACGGCAACGGAUACGGCGGCCCGGGGUCACAGUUGCUGGACCGACCGAACAACCUGCACAGCAACGGCCACCACGGGGACGCGGUUACGAGCGCCACCGCUCGGCUGCUGAAUGGAGACGUAACAACGCUGUGCGGCGGUGGUACCGGCGAACCAGAAAGCAUUCAGUACCUCAAGCCAGCCUCCGACGAGCAGACGGUCAACUGGAGCCAAGGGACCCGUGUAACGGACCUGCUUUUCUAAUGCGCGCACCGCGUCACCGGGCUGCGAAAGACACAUUGUACAGUUUACAAAAGAACAUAGCGAUAACGAACGAGAAUUAUGCCCGCUGCCGUCGACCACAGUUCCAAAACGGCCCUAAUGUUUUCCCUUUCUUUUCCUAUUUUUUUGGCGGUUCGAAGAACCCUUGAUUCGGGUGGUUGCGCAGCAGCGCUCGCGAUCGACCGAUCGCGAUCAAUAAUGUUGGAUGUGACAAAAUUGAGUAUCGUUUUUUUUUGUUUAGAUGGUCAGCGCAACGAGACGGCAUGCUUUUGAAUUUAUUGUCCAUUUUGCUCCGAAUAACGCUUACCGUAAAUCAUUGGACAUACUGGCGUCGUGAGUGAACAUAAAAAAACUGGACUUUGGCAGUGCGAGUUACUCUGCGACGGGAGCCAUCGUGUUUGUACUUUAUACUGCAUCAGAUUUUCUUCAGAGCAGACAUUUUAGGAAUUUGUGAAAUAAAGCCUCAAACUAAUAAGCCAUGUGCACGCAGGACGCUUGCUUGCAACACGACCACGCCCGGUGAUCGAUCUUCCCGGUGUGAAUUGAGUCUACGGAGCGAAAGCAAACAUUCCCCUGAAGGGUAACCAACGCACGAGAAGGGACCGAGAUUCACCUGAGUUUCUUCGUCGUCGUCUUUUUUUAUUGUGGCGGAGCCCAUACGGAAUAGCAGUUCUACUAAUAUUGUGAUUUGAUACAACCGCCGGCGUUAGAGAACCUGGCAAACUAUUUAAAGGAGAGCGAUCGGUGUGAUAGAAACUGUAAAUCCAAACCCCAAAAGUGGAUGACGAUGGCACCGAAGAGCAACAGAGAGACAUACAGAGAGAGAGAGAGAGAGAGAGAGAGACGUGCAAAAUCGUGUGCAACAUUUAGCAUUGGCGAAGGUAGAAACAAGCAUUACUGCUAUUAUCAUUACUCUUAUUAAUGCUAUUAUUAUAUUAAAAUAAUUAUUGCGGCGAACGCGCCCCCCUUAUACAGCGAGCAAUGCGAGCGCCGUCGUGAACCUAGAGAGUAAGGUUUUUGUCUUUUUAAGAAAUUUGAAUUGUAUAGAGGUAUGAAAUCGAGUUGAAAGCGGGAACGGGGAACGGAUGGAUCGGGCGGAGCGGACUAACGAGAACGGAAGAGCGCUCUGCUCCUAACAAAUUGACCAUGAUGUGGGGUGUGUGUGGGGCUCGUACACCGAUGGACGGACCAAGAAAAGCCGACCGAAUUUUUAUGAGGAUCGAUCGCCAAUCGAAAUUCGGAUCCGAUGUCCGAUGAUUAUCAGGGCCGCCGCCGGCAAGCAGCCAGCCGGCGAUAUGUGGGUUCCAUGCGUGUGGUUGGAACCAUUUUUUUAGCUUUUAAACAUAUUUCGUAACUCCAGACUGCCACCAGCAGCAGCAGGUACGCCCGCGUAGUCACGGCGUUGCCAGCACGCGCAGUGUGUGAUCGAGCGGGCAAGUAAAUGUAGACGCCACGCGCACCCGCAAAAGACAGUUAUAACUACUAAACACAUUUAAACACAAUUUGAGUGGCCGAUUAGUGAGUAAGGAAGGCGGCGUGCACGCGCACGUUGCGCGCUAAUGUGAUUAUGCUUAAGAAUUUGGCAACAUGUUUUAAGAACAGGAUCCGGCAGAUCGGCGAUCGAUGAUCAAACAACACGGCAUGUGCCGUGUGUGAGGGGGCGCAAAGCGCUAAAGGAGGCGCUAGUGUAAAGGAAACUGCCGCCACCGCCAAUGUGCCCACAUCAGCCCAUCUCAAACUGCCUCGAGUUAGUGCCAGUGCCGUAGUUGUGGAUGAUGGCCCCCGCCUUGUGCACCAAUUCCUUCGCUUUCUUCGUGCAGAUUGUGCCCCUCUCGCUUCGCGCCACAAUCGGCCAUCGCGUAGGCUGCUUCCUCCAUGACAGUCGUAGGCUUUUCUGUAGGAAGCUGUCCAUAAUUCCCUUACACAGCCCGGCCGGCGGUCGGUGGGAGUUCCAUUUGUUGUGCCGGAGCCGGGAAGAGGGAUUGUGUUUGUUCUAGUUUCACUCACCGUUUCCAAACCGUUCAUUACGUAUUUUUUAUACAUAUACAUGCAUAUAAAACGUAUACAAAAUAAAUCUAUCGACAGAAA